GCUAUCCGAUGCAUGGGUUGCUCGUUGGGUUCUCCCUCUAGGGGACCCUCUGGCGUCUCCUCUUUCCUCUGGGGUUCUGGCGCGCGAUGACGUGCAGAGUAGAUACCCAGGGUGGUACCUCCACCACGCCAUACACGAAGGAGGAGGAGGAGAAGAUGGCCGCCAUCUUGCAAGAGAGGAAGGAGAAGAGAGAGGCCAAGAAGAAGGCCCUACAGGAGGAGCAGGCGGCCAAGUUGAGAAAGAUUGAGGAAGAGAUGGCCAGAGAGAAGGAGAGAAUCAUGAAGGAAGAGGAGGCGAAGUUGAAAGAGGUGGACGAGGAAGAGGAGGAAGGACCGCCACUGCAAAAGAGGAGUGGACAGUACAGUGGCAGCAAGGAUGAAGAGAUGGAGAAGCGGAUUUCAGAAUGGGUCGCCAACUUGUCCCUGGGUGAAGAGGAAGAGGUUGCUAUGUACAUCCCCAAGGAUGAGCAAGAAGCCGCCAUGAGAAAAUGGGAAGCAGAGGAAGAUGUUCUGAUGCGGCGGGCGAUGGAGGAUGAACAAAGGAUGGCAUGGAAGCUCGCGAUAAUGAGGGAGAAGAAGAGAAGAGUGGAGGCGGCGAAUGCAGCAAUACAUGAACUGGAGGAGGUGCAGAAAUUGAGAUUACAAUUGACACCCCAGGUAGAUCUCGAGCGGAAGGUGGAGAUCAUCGCCCAGAGCGUCGAGCGUUUAGCUGAAGUGCAAGAAAAGCACUCUGAGUUUAGUCGCAGCCAGGAGAUAUCUGUGCGUUCGAUGCGAACGGGAUUACAGGACUUUGCGCGCGAGUUAGUAGGCGCUGUGGGGUCCGAGGUAAGUCACCGCCUCGAGAAGACUGAGCGUUUUUGUGUCGGCACCAUUGAGGGCGUCAAGGUGGCAGCGCCCAAGGAGGAGGAGGCUCGCCCUCGCAGGGAGCCAGUCAAAGUCAAAUUCCCUGAUUCCUACAGUGGAAAAAGGGACGAGAACUUUGACAAUUGGGAGGCCAAUGUCAGGACCUAUGUGCAUCUGCAACAGGUCUCCCCGGAUCAGCAGGUCCUAAUUGCGAUCCACGCACUUAAGGAUGAGGCCGCCAGUUUCGCAAGGUCCCUUGUGCGUGCUGCCAACUGCAGUGACGAUCCGGUCGCGUACUCCACAUUCACCUCCCUCGUUGAGUUCCUGAAGUUGCUGGGCGAGCGAUUUGCUGAUGUCGCCCGUAGUGUCAAAGCCUCAGAUAGGCUUCAGACAAUACACUCGCACCAAUGGAAGAGUGCAAGGGCACUCAAGGGCACGAUGGAUGAGUUAGUGUCUGUCCCUGACCACAAGGUCACAGAGACCCAGUUGGUCAACCUCUUCUACCGGGCUAUGCCCGAAGCGCUGCGUGGUCACUUCUUUGCGAAGAGUCAGGACCCUGCUAUGACUUAUGAUGCACUUAGCAGGGAAGUGGUCGUGUUCGAGGCGAGGUCUGCGUCGAUUUCCACUUUCUGGCACAAAGAUUUAGACAAGGGCAAAAAGUGGAAGGGUCGCACUAUCUCAGGGCAAGUGAAGACUAAGGAUAGCCUUGUCCUAACCUUAGAUGAGGGUAGUGUGGACGAGAUCCCCUACGAUCAGAUUGAGUGGGGGUUAGAGGAGGAGGACAGCGGUGUGGGCCAAGGGAGAUCUUACGCUGUUGUGGCGGCCGGAGGGAGGCCGCAAGGAGGAGGACGAGGCCAGGGCCAAGGGGGCCAGGCCUCAGGGAUCCGGUUCCAGGGCGAUCAGGGGGUUGGCGGCAGAGGAGGAAACCGCCAAGCGGGAGGCAAGGGUCAAGGUCCCCCGCAAAACCGUCCUAGGAACAGGUCUCCCUAUAGGGUAGGAGGAUGGCACCCGGGGCUACCGCAGGGCGUGGCCGAAGAGUUGAAGGAGAGGAUGCCCGCCUGGGCCAAGAUGAAGAAGGAGAAUAAAGGGCAGCUUAUAUCACUAGAUACAAAGAUUUUUAGAAGUAGAGUAGGGGCCCUAGUAGACUCAGGGGCCACCCACAACUAUAUUAGUAAGAAAGCGCUGCAAAAGUUGAAGCUGGGACUUAAAGUCCAAAAGCUAGCAGACCCUAUAGUUAGUAUCCUCGCGGACAACCGGACCAUGGUUGUAGAGGAUUACGUAGAGGGAGUCCAAGCGUACUUCCGCCUAGAGAAGGAUGGGAAAGUGGAAAAGGUCCUCCACUCCCUGACUCUCCUCGUAGAAGACAGCCUCCCAUUUGAUAUUGUUCUGGGAAUGGAUUGGGGAGAGGCAGCCGGGGCCAUGCUCCAUUUGAAGGAGCACGAGUGUAGGCUCCCUAGUUCUUCAGGCGAGGCUAAGACUGCCCGCCUGUUCCAUGCGUCAGGAGUAGAGAAUUCCUUGGCGCAUUGCUGCCUUAGUGCUCCUGCGUUCGCCAGGUUGGUGAAAAAGGAGAAAUUGGAAGAACAGGUUUUCGUUGCCUAUGUUAGGCCAAUGACUGAGCCUAAGGAAGAAAAGCCUAUAGACCCUGCGAUUGCCAAGCUGCUGGAGGAGUUUAAGGAUCUAACUGAGCCGCCGACAGGAGUAUUACCGCGGCCCAUCCAGCACCGCAUUGAGAUAGAGCCUGGCAGUAGAACUCCUAAGGGCGCUGUGUAUAGGAUGUCCCCACGGGAGUUAGAGGAGCUUCACAAACAAUUAGACGAGCUCCUCGAGAAGGGUUGGAUUAGGCCCAGUUCGUCUCCUUUCGAAACGCCUGUUCUCUUCGCCCCUAAGAAAGAGGGAGAGCUGAGAAUGUGCAUAGACUAUAGGGGUCUGAAUGCUAUUACAUUUGCCUGGAACGUCCUGUUCCAGUGCACACUCUUCCGCGGAGACCCAAACCAGAUCACCGGCGCCGAUGGGACAUGGCACGCGACGCCUGUUGGCUUGCUGCUGCAUGCGGACUUGAGCCUUUUGCAUGUUUGCGCGGGCUUGAGCCAGCAAUUCCCCGUACUUCCGGACGGAAGCGGGAGAGCAAGCGGCGUCGAUGUCGGCUGGUCAUGGGAGGAGAAGGUCGGCGAAGAUACGGCCUUUCCGUCCAUCGUGGUGCAACUCGAAUGGAGUCACGCCGAUCGCCGGGUGCACCGAAGUGUUGUAGGCGAACUUGAUGUCGGGGAGGCGGUCAACCCAAUCUUUCUGGUCCGGACAGAUGAGCAUACGAAGCAUCAUUUGAGCGGUUUGAUGUGCCCGCUCCGUUUGCCCGUCCGUCUGUGGAUGCCGAGCCGAACUUGGUUUCAUCUUCGUGCCGGACUCCUGCAUGAGAGCAGUCCAAAAUGCCGACAUGAAGCGAGUGUCGCGGUCGCUGACUAUGUCUUCCGGUACACCGUGGCCACAAAUCCAACCGGGGUGCAAGAGGCCUGCCAGCUCGGGAGCCGUGGAGUAAUACUUGCAAGGGAGAAAACGCGCAUACUUACUCAAACGGUCCACAACCGUGAGGAUGCCAUCGUGCCCGAGGCGAUCGCGAGGAAAUGGUCCGGUGACAUCCAUGACAAUGGAGAGGCCGGGUUCCCGUGGGAUAGGCAUCGGGCGCAAUUCGCCGUAGGGGUUGCGAUUGCGGGGCUUGCUUCGUCGGCAAACUUCGCACGAGUCGCAAUAUCGAGUGACAUCGGUAAUGAGGUCGGGCCAUCGACAUCGUUGUCGAAGCCGUGCAAUGGUGCGGUUGACUCCGAAAUGGCCGGCGAGUCGCGAGUCAUGAUACUCACCGAGAAGGCGAGUCCGAAGACGACGGUCUCGUGGGACACACAAUAAGUCCUUGCCUCUCGAGUGGAGGAGCAAGUACCCGUCGGCAAUGCGAUAGUGGCUGGCCAGCGGGUGAUCCGAAGAUAGCUGCGCAUACAAUGUGGCGAAGUUCGGAUCCAGCUCAUAUCCCAAAAUGAAGUGUCGUUGAAGUU